AGGGAGUCUAAAAGAAAAUAAUAGUUAUACGUAAACUAUGAUAUUGCAAAAUUUUAGCUUUCAACUUAAAUUAAUAUGAUUUAUAUGUAGAUCAUAGCUUUUUCUUGUUGCAUACGGAAAAUUAAGAACUUUUUAUUCGAUAAUAAAUAUAAAAAUAAGUCGGGUUUUCCUUCCUGACGGUAUAACUCCAGAACGCAUGGACCGAUUUCCACGGUUUUGCAUUCGUUUGAAAUGUCUCGGCAUCGUGAGAUUUAUAGCAGACAAAAUUCAGGAAAAAAAUCAACAGAAAAGCGGUGAAGUCCGGUUAGCUUCUCAUAGAAAGCUAUUGUAAUAGUUCCGAUUUGUGGAAUUGAAAAUUUUCAAAUUUUUCAACGUUUUAAGGGCCCUAUAUUCUAAACUAAAGCUUAGUUUUGGGAACCUUUUUUAGUCAACCAUAGCUCUAGAAACGUCAGAGAAACCGACUUCAAACAAAGUUUUGUUUUGAAGAUAAUAAGAAAAAAAUGCAAAGACGACUUAAAAAAAAAUGUUUGAUCAUAGAGCAAUUUAAGUAAAAAGUGAAAAAUUCGGUUGACCCCAAACCCACUUAUAUAAAAUUUUGUAUUACACAUUCUGAGAAAAUUUGGUAUAAUUUCGAAAAAAUCAGUUAUCUUUUUUUUAAAAUCAAAAAAACUGAAACAAAAUAUUUGUCACGUAGAAUAUUUUGAGAACAAAACAUAAUAUAAAAUGCCUUGAGUACGACGUGCGAACAUCGGCCGACGCGAAAGACAUGCAAGCCAGCAACAAGUCACAAUCGCUUGGCAUUCCAAUAUGAUCCCACUACAAACUACAGUAAUGAACGGUUGGAUUGUGCUGAGCAAGUGGAAAAGUCAAAAUGUAUCCAUUAUUUACGCCACCACAGCCACUGAAACCAUUGUUCGAUGGGAGUGAUCCCGAUUCCAAACAUUUUCUUCAAAACAUCCUUGAAUACAAUAACUGCUUUCGGCAUCUCUUGGAGCUAACAUAAUUCGAGAAGGCGGCUUCAUGCCAACUUGCAAGGUAAAAGAUACAACACACACAACCAAUCACUCACACCAAUCAAUCACUCUAACAUAAUCAAUUGCAACAUGUAACAACUAACAUACACCACACACUACACCAUCACAUGAUCAGAAGUCACAUCGUAUUCUUCAACAAAUAAUUGUUUGCAAUUACAGAUACAAGGACAAAUAUAUUAUUUGCAUAGUUCAAUGGUGUCAACACCAAAUGAACCGCAUCAAUUUUUGCAAAUAUUCUUCAUUUUGUCGAUGGUGGAUCACCUGAAAGUGCUGUGGGGAACACAACAGUUGAAGACAAAACUAUUGAACAGUUGCAAGCAUUUUUUCACGCUAAUAACUCUGCGGUUAAUAUGUUUAAAACAGCAUUGGAAUAAAUGCCAUCGGAUACAGACAAACAUGUCAAAAGAGCGGAUCGUACCCCAACAGGUGAACAUGUGCGAAGAUUCUAUGCACCCACCGUUGAUGAUGUAGCUGCAAGAUGGUCUUAACGUUUGGAUAUCGAAGAAUGAUGUUAAACGUCCUGCUUUUUUUUGUCGGUGGGCACGCUUCUCACAUGUCCCUUGAUUUGAGUAGUUUUUGCAGCAGCUACAUCAUUUUAUAUGCACUUCCUCCAAACACUACUGAUAUCCUUCAACCGGCCAAUGUGGGUGCUUUCAAAGGUAUAAAAUCAGACUAUACAAAUAUUUUAAAUGAAUGGCGCAAGCGUCCAGGUAGUCACGGCAGCAUAAUUAGGAGAGUUUUUGUGACGUGUUAGAAGAGCUCCUAAAUUACAAGGAAAGGACUACCAUCAUACAGAAUGCCUUCAAAAAAUGUGGACUAUUUCCAUUCAAAAUGCCUUAGAAGCUUUAAAUGCUACUGUUUCCGAUCUUGGUGGUGAUGUUCGCGGUUCAAAUGAUGAAGUUCCUGCUGGUGUAUCUGGAGAGUGUUCUGGCGUUCAUUCUGGUGGCGAAGGAGAUUCUAAGACAAUCUUGAUGCAGAUCCUGGUGGUAUAUCUUUUCGCGGUUCUGAUAUUGGUCUGGUAUUAGUAUUAUGGAUGUUGAUGUAAGUGGUGAUCUUGGUAACGGUGAUAACGAGGAAUUCGUGGUCAACUUCGAUUGCGAUAUAGGCCGCGUUGUGAACGUUGAAGGUGCUGAUAAAGAUAUCUCAAAUACAAGUUUCUUAGAAGCUGAAAGAGUGAUAUUGCAAGUAAAAGAUAGUCUUGAAAGCAAACAUAUAAACAGUCAAGUUGUGCUGACGUUAUUCGCCAGGCCAAGCAAAACAUUUUUGGAGUGUAUGGGAUACCCCAUUGAAGGGACUUUCGAAGUUGCUUGUGAUGGGACAUUAUUAAGAGUACCUCAACCCAAUCUUGACAGUGCAUCAUUACAAGAAAAAAUUCCACAGGAUUACGAAACAGUCAUAGGUACUAUGGAGCUGGAAAUAGAGAAUGAUAAUAUUUUGCAAGAAAUUCCUUUCCAAAUUAUUAGGGAAAAUGCACUGACUAUGGAAGCUCAUACUUCAAAAAGCGCUGAAAACCCAUCCGUUUUUGAAAAGCAUCUUAAGUAUCCAAAAUCAUACAAAACUCCGUCAAAAUAUUUUUUAACACUCAAAAACCACCUAUGUCAAUCUCAUGCCUGGAAUGCGUUUCAAAAAAAAAACAAAGAAGACGAAAAUAAAUUUAGAGCUGCCGAAGGCGAAAAAAGGAAAUUUGAGCGACAAAUGAAAACAGAAGGGAAGAAAAAAACUAAUAAGCGAAAAAAGACUGUUCGAUACGGACGUGGCUGUGAUAGCUGUAAAAAUUGGUUUCAUCUACAAUGCACAAAUCUUUCAACCAUGCCAUGUGCAGAUGCUGAGCUACAAGACUUUACCUGUUGUUACUUUUAAGCAAUUUAUACAUUCUUAAGUGUACUGAAAGAAUUAUAUUUACAUAUAUUUAUGUACCUAUAAUUUUUUGAUAAUUCAUAAUUAGCUUUAAAAACAUGUUCCUAAUUGAAUUAAAUUUAAGGAUUUUUUAUUUAAA